ACUGAAUUUCAUAUUUUGCACAGACUGGUUACAUGUGACUGACUCAUGGAUGCAAACAUGACGAAUGUUUCUGACGGUACGCAACCCUACACAACAAUCAUGGUGUGGACUGAUUUUCAAUAUUCAAGCGAAUUCGUAACAGAGGCUAAUUCCUUAGACAGUGUAAAAUCAGUUUCGUUUCAACAGAAUUUCACUGCAAUCUUGGUUGGGUUUAUCAUACUUUCCAACACCAUCAGUUUGGUUGCAUUCUUGUUAGAAAAACGUCUCCGUUCCUACAAUAAUUACUUCAUUAUAAACCUUACCAUACUUGAUCUGUUAGUAGGGAUCGGUCUGUGUCCCUACGUACAGCACAUUUACGACGGUCGGUACCCCUUCUCUCACAAUGCGUGUAAGAUUCUUUCAGGACUUUUCCACGGAAUCGUCAAUGCUUCUAACAUCAACAUCGUCGUCAUCUGUGCCGAUCGACAUCAAGCGGUCUAUGAUCCCAUCAACCAUUUUAUCUCUCGAUCAACGCGUAAGGACGUCAUCAUCAACUUUCUGCCGUGGGUGAUUGGACUCUCGUUCUGGAUUGGGUGCGUCACAGUGUGGGAGUUCGCCAUUAGUUUCGACAACGGAGAUCACUGCUUUCAUCGAAUUGCUUACAGUCCCGUGACUGCUUUGUUUCAGGGGGUAUUUCGGUUCUAUCUACCAAUCCUUAUUAUUUCCAUCCUCUAUAUAAGAAUUCUCAUUAAGAUCCGGAAGUCGGCUGGAGGACGGAAUGUUAGCAAGGACUUUGCUUCAACCCACCUUUCCAGCUCCACGGACACCGAGAUGACUUCUGGAAGCAUCCCAUCUAUUCCGCAUGCAUGUUUGGACAAUGUUGAUGCGAGAAGCGACAACGCAAUAGCAUCAUCAUCAUCAUCACCUAAUGUAACGAAAAUUGGAACCAGAGGCCAGGAUUUAUCGUCUCUCUCUCUCUCUCUCUCUCGUUCUCUCUCACUCACUUUCUCCCUCCUUUCCCUCUCUAUCCCAGACAAAAUUGUCUGAUCUGGUGGAAUCGACUGCAGAAGCGCGCAAAGCGACUCGUACUCUUCUUUUCAUCGUCAUCGCUUUCUUCACGACAUCGAUUCCAGGAAGUUUGAUAAGCCUGAUCUACAGCAUAUCUCCUGCCCUCAUCCGACCUGGCCUGUCACGACAAGCCUUUCUCUUUUUCACUUAUC